AACACUUUAGUCUGUGUGCGAAAGGGAGGGCGUCAGGGUGAGGUGUUUGAGUCUCUCACACUCAGUGCUUUGCUAUUAGAAAUAAACACAAAAAAGUAGCACAACUGGAAGUAACAGACCAGAUGAUAUUUCUCUCCAGGUGAUCAACUGGAUACUAUAAUUUUCCUUUGUGUGUGUUAAUGUGGCUCAUUUAGGGUAAUGGCAUCCACUGGUGUCUCUAGUCACCUGCCUCCAGUCAAGAGUGUAAAGGUCUUCAGAAAUGGAGACCCCUUCUUUACAGGAAGGAGAUUUGUGGUCAACCAGAGGCAAAUCUCCAACAUGGAUGCAUUUCUUAAUGAUAUCACUCUCAGUAUCGGAGCUCCAUUGGCUAUUCGAACACUCUAUACGCCACGCUACGGCCACCGGGUCACGGACCUCACUGACCUACAGCAAGGGGCACAGUAUGUGGCUGCAGGGUUUGAGCGCUUUAAGAAACUGGAUUAUCUGAGUACAGGACAGAAGAAGGGUCCAAUGUUCAGAGCUGUGGAACCAAAUCAGGCGAAAGCACUUGUCAGGCCUAAUGUGUCUGCAAAAUGGAGGAAGGUCAUCACUCUACCCUGCAUCAUACAUGUAUUUAGGAACGGGGACAUCCUCAGUCCUGUCAUGCGUCUGAUCAUUCCCAGACACAUGCAGAAAAAUCUAGAGCAGAUCCUGAGCCUCAUUUCGGAAAAAGCCAUGCUUCGCACUGGAGCCGUGCGCAGGCUCUGUACUCUGGAGGGCUACACAGUGACCUCCACAGAGGAGCUGGAGUCUGGGCAAUGCUAUGUCGCUGUUGGAACAGAGAGGUUCAAGAAACUCCCAUAUGUGGAGAUACUGCUAAACAAAGCAACAGGAAGCAGCGCGGACAGACAUUACGCAGGAGACAGAGGAUUACAGAGAAGAAUUAAGAGUAGGAAGAUUUUUCCCCAGGACAGCCACAGUGACUCCACCCUCCUGAAUUCACCCGAGAGGGAAGGCAGGCGUGUGAAGUCCACAGGAGAUGAGCUGGAGCGAGAGAGCUCCCCUCAGCUGGUAAAGAGGAGAGGAAGGAGAGGAGAAAGAGAGGAGAACUCUGUUUUCUACGCCAGACCUGUGAGAGUUCGCAGACACUCAAACAGACCCCCACCUAAAGACACAACAGAUGAGCACAGUGUGUUUAAGGCCCCUGAGAACAGUAUGAGAGAGGAGGUUCGAGGUGCUGAAGAGGUCGCAGAGGAUGAAAACACAACUGUAGAGCUUCCCAUUGACCAGAGAGAAGCAGAUAUUGUGGAGGAUGAAGAGCCUCCUGAAAGAGAUCCGUUUGACCCAGCCAGUAUAAAUCAUGAGUCAGACACACGGCAUUUCAAAUCAUCAUCAUCAUCAUCACUCAGGGUCUCUGAACAUUCCCCACGAAGUGAAGAAACACAGCAAGAAACAACUUUGGGUUCCUAUGAGGAACAGACUGACAGGGAUGCUGAGCGCCCUCCCCAGGCUGAAGAUGAUGCUGGAAACAGAGACACACCUUCCCAAUCCACACACAUGCUCUGAACAUGGAGAUUGUGAAAAAUGGCAUUUGAAAAAAAUGUAACAGUGUCCUCAAAAUGUAGAGAUUCACUGAAAAAUAUGCUUUUUAUUUCUUAUGUUUAACAAAAUAUGACCUCUGAAAAUAAAAUACAUUUAAAAUAAAUGUAUGUAAACACUG